GGGUUGUUGUAAAUGCAAAAUCCAAAGCAACCAAACGUGGCCAAAUGACGUACCCACGUCCUCCGAAGAAAUCCCAUUUUUACACUGUUAGCCGAUAGUGUAGAAAGGGGUUAGAGGAGACGGAAAAAAUGGCGAUUUCCAUUUUCAGGCCUUCGGUUUCUCUUCCUCAACAGUUUCUCUAUUCAAUUAAUCCCCAAAAAUUUAGUUCAAUUUCUGUUAUUAGAAAGAAACAGAGUUUUCUUCGUUGCGCUUCAUCGGAUUCUGCUCCUCCUCUGACUAGGCAAGAGAUGUCAUUAAGUGUUGGAAUGUACCUAAUUCCUCAUCCCAACAAGGUUGAGAAAGGUGGAGAAGAUGCAUUCUUUGUGAGCAGUGAUGAUGGGGAAGUGAUUGUUGUUGCUGAUGGUGUUUCCGGUUGGGCUGAAAAGAAUGUGGAUCCCGCACUGUUCUCCAGAGAAUUGGUGGCUAACGUUUCUUCUUUGGUGGGGAAUGUGGAGGUCAAUGAUGAUCCUCGGAUUCUCAUAAAGGGAGCCCAUGCUGCUACAUCAUCUAUCGGUUCAGCUACGGUACUUGUUUCUGUAUUCAAGAAUGGAAUUUUGAAGAUAGGCAGUGUUGGGGAUUGUGGACUACGGGUUAUUCGUAAAGGUCAGAUGAUUUUCUCCACAUUUCCACUCGAACACUAUUUUGACUGCCCAUACCAGUUGAGCUCAGAGUCUGUUACUCAAACAUACCUUGAUGCCAUAGUUAGCACGGUGAACUUGCAAGUAGGAGAUACAAUUGUAAUGGGCUCAGAUGGCCUCUUUGAUAAUAUUUUCGAUCAAGAGAUUGUUUCAGUUGUGACCACAAAUGAUGAUGUCUCUAAUGCUGCUAAGGCAUUAGCUGAUUUGGCGCGCAAUCAUUCUGUGGAUACCAAAUUCGACUCCCCUUUUUCACUGGAGGCUAGAGCAAGGGGAUUUGAUGUUCCUUGGUGGAAGAAAGUAUUUGGAAUGAAGUUUACAGGAGGAAAGCUCGAUGAUAUUACAGUCAUUGUUGGAAAGGUGAAAACUACGUGAGAAAGCUGGCCUGAACACCACUGAUAUUUUCAACAACAAUAAAAGGUCGUGAACAAGUCAUAUAUCUUUGGUGCCAAGACAUUGGCAGGGUCCCCUCUCCUGAAUCAUUGGGCUAUCGAAUGGUGUUUUAAACUACGAGUUGAAGGAUGAGGUAAGACGAGAACAACUUCAAACUACACUCGAUCAUUGUUUUUGUAUUGUGUUAUUUCAAGGUGUCUGUUGUAAGACAAUAUAUGGCACUACUAUCUGUAUGACAUUUGGGACCAUUUAAAUUCUUCAUUGAUAAAAAAUACAACCAUAAAAAAGCUUGCUAACUUGUUUAACA